AUGGGAGCUCAAACUCUCUCUUUCAUUGAUUAUGGAGCCGUUUUGAUCGUCGGCCUCAUGAUGGCCGUCAUUCUCUUCACACUUUCUGUCUGCUUCAACUUCUGGCUCAUUCGAGAGGACGACGACGUCACCGUUUUCGAGAAGGUUCGAAAAAUCAGACAAAACAAAUUAUGAAAGCAAUUUUUUUUCCUAAUCAGUUCAAAGAAAAAACCACAAAUUCGCCCUAAACCAGAGCCAUCGAUCUGUUUCUCUGGAUUGUCUUUCUUAGAAUUCGUGAUAAAAUGGAUACAGUUUCAUAGAAUUUUUCAAAAGUUAAUUACUUCAGAUGGCAGCUCGACGCGGCAUUCGAAUGGGCCCUCAUCGGAUUUCUCACGUCCAGAACGCUCUUCGCCGUUUUCCAGAGCAAAGCAGAAAGAUAGUUCUAGAGCUAUAA